UGGAAGCCGGAGGCGGCCCGACCAGGAUCGUUUCCUUCCGGAGAGGAGGCCGGCUCUGGACCAAGGCGUGGACGGGGGGCGUGCAAGGGCGGGUGACGGGGAAAUAGCGCGGCUCGCGCUUCUCUCGGGCUGGCAGCAGGGCUGCUUGUGGCUCCUCCUCGGGGCCAGUCCAGAGCCGGGCGGCGGGGGGAGCGGGAGGCGGAGAGCGAGGGCGGGGGCUCGGGAAGGAGGGAGGAGGGAGGGACCAGGCGCGCCAGUGACAGGGUGGCAGCCUAGGAGCGGACGCGUUGCCGCCGCUGCCGCUCCACCUCCUGCAGCUCCUCUCGCUGCUGCCGCCGCCACCGCCGCCGCCGGGAGAAGUUUCACUCCCGACCCUCGCUCGGAGCCGGGACCCAGAGCGCAGCGGGGAGGGCGGCCGGCAGCUGCAACCCGCAGUGGGCCAGGCGCCCGGAGCGCUCCGACCCUGAGCCGGCGUCGGCGCCUCGGCGGCUGGCAGCAGCCCGGGCUGGGGGCGCUGAGGCGAAGGAGGGGCGGGUGUGAGCCGGGGGACCCGCGCGCAGCGCCACAGCCGCUCAGCUAGCGUCCGCGCCGGGGGCAGUCGCGAUGGCCGUGCGCUCCCGCCGCCCAUGGAUGAGCGUGGCACUGGGGCUGGUGCUGGGCUUCACCGCCGCGUCCUGGCUCAUCGCCCCUAGAGUGGCCGAGCUGAGCGAGAGGAAGAGACGCGGCUCCAGCCUCUGCUCCUACUACGGCCGCUCGGCCGCCGGCGCUGGCGCGCAGCAGCCGCUCCCCCAACCUCAGCCCCGGCCACGGCUGGAGCAGUCGCCGCCCCCCGCGCGCCAGGAGCUCCAGGGGCCGCCGCUGGCAGAGGCAGCUCCCGGGGUAACCAGUUUUCGGAGCAGCCCCUGGCAACAGCCACCUCCGCUGCAGCAGCGGCGGCGAGGACGCGAGCCCGAAGGCGCAACGGGGCUGCCGGGCGCCCCCGUGGCGGAAGGGGAACCCGAGGAGGAGGACGGGGGCGCGGCUGGGCAGCGGAGAAGCGGCCGGCCGGGGAGUAGCCACAACGGCAGCGGGGACGGGGGCGCCGCCGCCCCGAGCUCCCGACCCCGGGAUUUCCUGUAUGUGGGAGUGAUGACCGCGCAGAAGUACCUGGGCAGCCGCGCGCUAGCGGCGCAGCGGACCUGGGCGCGCUUCAUCCCCGGCCGCGUGGAGUUUUUUUCCAGUCAGCAGUCCCCCAACGCCGGUAUGAGCCAGCCCCCGCCACCCCUGCCUGUCAUCGCGCUACCGGGGGUGGACGACUCCUACCCUCCCCAGAAAAAGUCCUUCAUGAUGAUCAAGUACAUGCACGACCACUACCUGGACAAGUAUGAGUGGUUCAUGCGCGCCGACGACGACGUCUACAUCAAAGGUGAUAAGUUAGAAGAGUUUCUUCGAUCACUGAAUAGCAGUAAGCCUCUCUACCUGGGUCAGACUGGCCUGGGGAAUAUUGAAGAACUUGGAAAAUUGGGGCUGGAGCCUGGAGAGAACUUCUGUAUGGGAGGACCUGGCAUGAUCUUCAGUCGAGAGGUUCUCAGGAGGAUGGUGCCACAUAUUGGUGAAUGCCUCCGAGAAAUGUACACGACUCAUGAGGACGUCGAAGUAGGAAGAUGUGUUCGACGCUUUGGUGGGACUCAGUGCGUCUGGUCUUACGAGGUUUCUUUAGGUUGCAAGUUGAACUGCAAAACUAAACUACCUGAAACAGAAGAGGAACUACUGUCCUUGGAAACUGGGAAAGCGGAGAGUGAUCUGGCCUUAGGUACAGCUCAGUGCUGUGUUCGUUGCUAUCAACAGCAUUCAGCGUUUCUUACACCACUUCUCCACCCUCGUGUGGGUGUCAAGAUGCAACAACUAUUCCAUGAAAAUUAUGAACAUAAUCGGAAGGGUUAUAUCCAAGACCUUCACAAUAGCAAAAUCCAUGCAGCCAUAACACUUCACCCCAACAAAAGGCCUGCCUACCAAUACAGGCUUCAUAAUUAUAUGCUCAGCCGCAAAAUUUCUGAACUUCGCUACCGCACCAUCCAGCUGCACCGGGAGAGUGCUUUGAUGAGCAAGCUCAGUAACAGUGAAGUGAGUAAAGAGGACCAGCAGUUGGGCGUGAUGCCUUCUUUCAACCACUUCCAGCCUCGGGAGAGAGAUGAAGUGAUAGAAUGGGAGUUCCUGACGGGGAAACUCCUUUACUCAGCAUCUGAGAACCAGCCUCCUCGACAGAACAUCAACAGCAUCCUAAGAACAGCCCUGGAUGACACCGUCCUACAGGUGAUGGAGAUGAUCAAUGAAAAUGCCAAGAGUAGGGGACGGCUCAUUGACUUCAAGGAAAUUCAGUAUGGCUACCGCAGGGUUGAUCCCAUGCAUGGGGUGGAAUACAUUUUGGAUUUACUCCUCUUAUAUAAAAGACACAAGGGGAGGAAACUAACUGUGCCAGUGAGACGUCAUGCUUAUCUUCAGCAGUUGUUCAGCAAGCCUUUCUUCAGAGAAACUGAAGAGCUAGACGUCAACAGUCUCGUGGAGAGUAUUAACAGUGACACUCAGUCAUUCUCCUUUAUAUCUAAUUCUUUAAAGAUACUAUCUUCUUUUCAAGGUGCCAAAGAAAUGGGAGGGCACAAUGAAAAGAAAAUACACAUUCUUGUUCCUCUCAUUGGAAGGUACGACAUUUUCUUGAGGUUCAUGGACAACUUCGAAAAAACUUGUCUUAUUCCAAAGCAGAAUGUAAAGCUGGUCAUCACCCUUUUCAGUAGGGAUUCUGGCCAAGAUUCCAACAAGCAUAUUGAGCUGAUACGAGACUAUCAGAACAACUACCCUAAAGCAGAAAUUACCUUGAUCCCCAUGAAGGGAGAGUUUUCCAGAGGUCUUGGUCUUGAAAUGGCUUCUUCCCAAUUUGACAAUGAUACUUUGCUGCUAUUUUGUGAUGUUGACUUGAUCUUCAGAGGAGACUUUCUCCAACGGUGUAGAGACAAUACAAUUCAGGGACAACAGGUGUACUACCCCAUCAUCUUUAGCCAGUAUGACCCAAAGGUAACCAAUGGGGGAAAUCCUCCCACUGAUGAUGACUUUGUCUUCUCAAAGAAGACUGGAUUUUGGAGAGACUAUGGAUAUGGAAUUACCUGUAUUUAUAAAAGUGAUCUUCUGGGUACCGGUGGAUUUGAUACCUCAAUACAAGGCUGGGGACUGGAGGAUGUAGAUCUCUACAAUAAAGUCAUUCUAUCUGGCUUAAGGCCUUUCAGAAGCCAAGAAGUGGGAGUGGUGCAUAUUUUCCAUCCAGUUCAUUGUGACCCUAACUUGGAUCCUAAGCAGUAUAAGAUGUGUUUAGGGUCCAAGGCAAGUACUUUUGCCUCAACCAUGCAACUGGCUGAACUCUGGUUGGAAAAACAUUUGGGUGUCAGGUACAAUCGAACUCUCUCCUGACAGUCCAGGCAACACAUAUUGCCUUUUUAAAGGGGAGUUUACCUCAUUGUUGGUUGUUGUUAUUUUUAUUUUAUUAUUGUUAUUUUUAUUAUUAUAAUUAUUAUUGUUAUAAUUUUAUUUUGUUAUCCUGGUCUUAAACUACUCUUGGUUGUCUUCCAAAGGGUGUUUGUUGACCUCAAACAAGAAGAGUCUGCAGUUCACUGAUAUUUCAGAUUUCUACUGAAGUCAAUUAUGUAUUACUUUUAUAUAUCUUUAUUUGAGAUUGAGUAAAAUCGUGGCAAUCAAAUGACUUUUGAAGCUCAUUCAUCAUGAGAGACAGCUUAGAAGAAUGUUCUCUUGAGGCUUAAAGAUGCAAUAUCGACUUUUAUUUUGUUUGUUGAAUUCAAUGUGAUACAAAUAUUUACUGGUGAAAGGUACCACAAAAGUGCUUUAUGCUUCCUAUGGGGAAGGGACUCUGUAACAUAAACUUGAGUUUUGUAAUUUAUACAAGGACUUAAAUAUAUAGACAAUAAUUUUCUUCAUCUUUAGAAUUUUUAAAGUAAAUGAACACUUAUGAUUGUAUGUUUAUUUUUUAAAAAAAGUUUUAAAAAUUGAGGAGUUUUGUUCCACAAGCAACCGGUACUGGCUACCCUGGUCUUCUGACAAUUAUGUGCUCCUCACAACUGUCUGCUAUAAAUGCGAAUGAACUUUAUUUUCUCAAGGAAAUAUGAUUUAAUUAAAUAUUCAUGUACAUUUUAGAAGCUUUAUGAAACGAUGUCCUUCAUUUGCUGGCAAGAAGAUAAAAUAUGACAGAACCUGGUUAUUUAUAAUAAAACACAGGUAUAACAGUAAUCUUUUCCAGAAACCCUGAAGAGGUUGUGUUGUUUCCUUUCAGUCAUACCUGGUGUAUUUCUUAGCGGUCAUACUCACGAAAAUGUGCUUGCUGCAUAGACUAGAGAAGUUAAUAAGGGAUUAUGGGCAUACUGUUUGUAUUAUUAUGUUUUAAAUCCUGGCCUUCACAACUGAUUAAAAUGAGUGGUUUCUUUAUUCAGUGAUUUACAUUCCAGGAGAAGCCUUCUUCCUCAAUCUCUUUAGCUUUGUGAUCAAACUGAAGCAAGAACAGGUCAAAAACUGCCUUUAAUUUGGGUUAAUUUGGGUUUUCACAAAAUGUAGCAGAUUGUACAUACUGUUCUGUACUUUGAUUUUCUUUUUUCACACAAUAGGACUAAAGUUUGCUUCAAAGCUGAUUUGAAAGCUGUUGUUGUAAAUCGCUGCCAUUAUUUGGAACUGAUUGCCAGGAAGCCAUAUGGCAUUUGCCUUAGUGAUGGGAUUUAUACAGGGUAAGAGUCUCUUUUAGUGAGGACAUUUGGGGAGACUCAAAAAAAAAAAAAAAACAUUGCUUAAUGUUGUGACAGACGUGAUGGCACUCUCCUUGACUAUAACAUAUAAUCUUAAUAAUGUCAGACUCAUUAGAAAGGGAUUGAUGGCACUUUUAGAUGUUAAAAAUCUCGACAGGGCCAACAAUUCAGAAUUGAUCUCUGCUCUAGUAUUUUCUCGGCCUUCAUGAACCUUUGCUAUAUAGCUUAUUUUCCUACAUUGUGUGGCUUACCUCUUUUAACAUUUUUUUUCCCCUGAACAGUAAAUAUAUUAACAUGCAAUAAAGAUAGUCAUUUGGGAAGAGCUACUGCAAACUAAUAAUGACUAAUGAUUUCAUUAAUGAAGAAAAGAAAUCAGGGGCUGCUCUUUUCUUUAACUUAAGACAGCUGAAAAACAGCCCGAAUCUUGAGGAGACUACCCAGGGAUGAAGUAGCAUUCUCUAUAAUCCUCCUAAAAUUAUACUAAUGAAACAAGGAAAUGCAGAGAGCUCAUCUGAAUUUAAUUACAUACCCGCAUUCUGUCCUAAAAUUAAGGUAAGUUCAUGUAAGUUGUCUUUUGUAAUUUUGCAUCAAGCUUUCCUAUCAUUUUUUUUCAGGCACGGCAAUAUUUCCUGACUGAAACUUUAUUGGAAUAUUACUAGUGAAAUUAAGAGUGUUUUCCUGUCUGUACAGUGUCUAUUAUUUAAAAUCCCUUUAAGGUUGAAGGGCAGCACAACAGGAAUGCAACCGAAGCACCAUAUACGUAUGUUCCUGCCAUUACCUUCUUUGGAUGACUGUGGGUGUUCUGUUUAAGUGUCAUUCCAGUAAUAAUUCCAUCUUCUUGAUCAUGCUUCUGUCCACUCACUGCCAUCCUGUGUACUUUACUUGCAUUGUCCUUUUAAAUGUAAUCCUCACAACAGCGCUCAGAAUCUUGGCAUUAUUUUCUUCAUUCGGCAGAUAUGGAAACUGAGGCCAUGAACGAUGAAGUAACAUGACCUGAGUUCACACUCCUGCCGUACUGUAAUUGGGAUUUAAGUUGACUCUUGUCCAAAUCGGAAGCACCUGCCUUUCCACUCUAACCCAAGGCUUCUCCGUUGUUGGGGUGUUGUGGAAGACAAUGGACAAAGGUCUAGCUGACCCCAUGAACAUGUAUGACCACCGUUCAGCUUACUUCUGCUGUAUGCUCAUUCUGGGCCGUGCUAAGUUUGUUGAUGUUUUGCUCCAUUAGAGCCUAUCCAGGCUUUUAAUCUCAGUCUUCCAUCACUUUGCUAGCUCCCUCUGAGUGGUAGUGUGUUGGGGAAAUGUUUCUUCUAUCUGCUUGCUCACAAGUCACUGGACAUCUGCCAGCAGAAAAUAUGCUCCGCAUUCCUGAUGCCAGCAGCAGCCCUCACCUUUGCCGUUUCAGCCAACGGUCCAGAAGCUGCCCACAGUGACUACCACCAUGCAAUUGCUGGACUAUUUAUGUCCUUUGACCCAUACAGACUUGGCAGAAAGCGACUUUGUCAGAGCUGAUAUAUUUCUGAAUCUAAGAGUUGAACCCAUUGUGCCUGGUGAUAGAUGGGCAACUGUAGGAAUAAAAUACCCAAGUGUGCGGACCGAUAGUCCAACCGAGAGAAUAAAUGCUCACUGGAAAGGUAAACUAUAAAGUCCCACUGUUGUUAACAUAAGAAAGCUGGAACCCAACUCCAGUCAGCAGGCCCAUUUCUGGGCUGCUCUGGUUUCACACUUACAUUUUCAGAUUAGGCCAGGGCACUUCCUUCUUCCAGGAGGAGGACCUGGAAGAUGAGGAUCCUUUCUAAUGGCUUGGGUUGCCCAGAUGAGAUGUUGUCAUGCUGCUGGGCCUGGGGAGCCCUCACCUGGAGGGGAUGGCCUAAGCCAGACUCGGGCCGAGAAAGAGAGUGGUGUCUUCCCUCUUUCCCUCUCUGCACCCAUCAGAAAAUCUUUUUAAGAGGGUAAAAUGUAGCAAGAUGAGUCUCAAAGAGCCAGUAAAGUAGCUGUACCUCUAUCUCGGCCAUGGCGAUGGGAUUUAUAUGGGAGAAGGAAGGCAUCCACACACUUAAGUUCUGUGGCUGAGCUACCUUUCUUUCUCUACCACGUGCUGCUUUCCAAGUCACAGCAAGUCUCCUGCAAGUCACAGGAGCCUGUGUUCCUACCCCAGCGAUAUCUCUAAGACGCGUCAGCUAAUCAUCUGGGGAAUUGUGCCCUGAAGCUCUCAUUUGUGCCUGUUUAUUGAAGGCAUACCUCUUCAGGAAGUCGCCUGUGAUUAUGGGUGUCACAAGGCAAAUGGACAGCACAGUGUCCUCAGGGACACCACUUGGUAGUGCUGCAGACUUGUCUACUUUCCCCAUCUCCGCUUUUAUUAGCAUCCUCAUCACUGUCACAGAUACAGUACGUGCUGAGUCCAGAAGCCUUCCAGAUUGAAAGGUUUGGAGCAGUAGCAACAGGAGGGCCCAGAGUCGAGGCCAGUGCAGCUCUGCCUCUGUGUGCCCCACGGCCUCGCUCAGGCACCAGCUGCACUGCCAGCCUUGCUUCAACAGAUGGUGGGGAUGAUGAGACUUCCUUCAGCCGUGAUUCAUGCCCCCAGGUGGCGACAGAGUCACAUCUGCAGCAAGCAGCAAGCCACCUGGCCCUGGCGCAGAGAUGCCAGGAUUUGCUAGCCUAAUUGUCUUCAGUUUGACAGCCAGUUGUCUGUUGCCCUCUUCCUUUCUCAUGUCAGAAGCUGCCAAGGUCUAUGCCAUAUUUAGAGUUCAGUUCCAUGAAGGAUUUUUUUUUCAUUCGAAUUAAAUCGAUAUGUAUUAGUCUCUAGGUUGAUUUAAAAAGCUGAGAGAUUGAGUUUUUCUUCUCCAUCCUGCACAGGUAUACAUUCUUGUCACUCCAUUACCACCUUCAGUCAUGAUAGGAUCGAUUCUGAUGGAAUUGGUGAGUAUAAUAUUGGGAGGAUAAAAUUUUAUUUUAAAUGGACCUAUUAGCAGAAGCAGCUUUUCUUUUUUUUUUCCUAGAAUGCUUCCUCUUAUCUGUAAUGUUAACCAAUUAGCAAAUAUUUAUUGAGAACUUGUUGGGAACAAUUCUCUCAAGUAGAAACUCUUAAGACUGAGAAUAUGCCUCACCCGAAAGCAAACCUGUCCCUACACUCAGGCCUCCUAUGGACUUGUUGUCCAUUUCCUGAUCAGGUUUUCCCCAGCUCCAAUCCCCUAAAUUCCUGCAAACAGCCCAUUUCCGUAUUUUGUCCACGUAGGCAGAAGUAGGUGUAUAUGCCCAAAGAAUCCAAGAUCUGUAGGUAAAUUGCAAAUACAGAAAUAAUACCUGCCUUGAUUUUUGUGUCUUGAUUCCAGCAUCAGCCCGAUGAUGUCAACUUGACGUCAGCCAAAAAGAGCUCAAGGCCAGAAGUUCAUAUACAAUUGAAAAUAAAUAGCACAACAUUAGGAUUAACAGCUUUCUGUAUCUAAUCUACCAACUCUUCUGUCACUGCAAUCAGCCUCCAGUUUAUUUCCCCUUCCCUCCCAUUCCCACCAAAUAGGCUCCAUCACCUCUUUCUAAAAGGAGAAGCUUGGUAGGUGGUAAGUAAAAUGUUAGAGGCAAAAUACUAUGAAAAUGGGGGAGUGGGAAAGCAGUGCGUUGUUUAGCCUUGAAAUAUUUUAUCACAUGCCUCCCAGUUUUCAUGCCAUUCUUACAUACUGAUAACCUACUUUUCUUUUUAAUAUUUUUCUUUACUUUCCCUGCCAGUAGGUUCUUCCCUGUCUCCCCUACUUACGACUGACUUGAUACGAACUAUACAAGCUUUAGACUACAAGUUUCUAGUAUUGGUUUUGAGAAGCUACAAUUGUAUAAAUCAUGAGCUCGAAGGCUGAAGUUAACAUAAAUUUUUCAACUCUUCUUCAUUAGCAACUCUGGUCUAUUUAAAAUCUGCUGGAAUUCAUUUCUCCUCCUUGUUAGCCAGUUGGAAUCUCAAGGGCAAGGAUUUUACAAAACCCCUUGCGUAUUUGGACUAGAAAUUAAAAGAAGAGAACUUUGAAACUCUUUGAUCCCCUCCAAGUGCUUCCCAUUUCUCAAUUAAUCUGUUCAACAUUAAAUUCAGGUUUGUGCUUUAACGGAAGAAAACAUUGUAUCAAAAUAUUUACUGACCUAAUUAUUCAGUUAAAAGAGAUUUUAUGAAUAAAUCUUAAUAUGUGUUUUUAGAAAUUAUUUUGCUUUUGCAAACUAAAUUUACAAUGAAACAGAUCAAUUUGCAUAUAUUUUAUAGUAUUUUUCUGGUAAUCCAUUAUAUAGAACUUAAGAAUAUCAAAUAAUUAUAUGAUUUCUAAAGUUAUCAGUUAUAGAAUAUUUUCAUAUUCUACGUAAGACAAGCAGAUUUCUUUUAAGAAGGCUAAGACGCAGAGAGAGCGCAGAAGGGAAGAAACUUACUGCUCACAAUCACCCAUCCUUUCUUCUAUGCCUGCCCCUUAGGCAGUGUGUAGUUGAUUUAGAAAAGGGUCCCUUUGUCUCCAAACACUUCUGCCAUUGGUCACUUCAUACAGGAAGUCAUUUUAAUAAGGAAGGGGAAAAGUCAAAGUGAUUUGUUUAUGUUAUUUGACUCAUUAUUAUGACAGCAACAGAGCCUUGUUCAUUAGGUGUCACUCUGCGCUGUUACCUGGGAAACGUUAUCUCCUUUGAGCUUCAUCAACUCUGAAGUAGGUACCAAAAUCCCCAUUUUACAGGUGAGCAAAAUGGCUUCAGAGAGGUUCAUUUUGUAAAUAUAGUUUCUGUAAAACUAGAAAUUGCCUUAGAAAUGUCUUUGUUUUAAAAUAGUAUCUAAGGAUAUUUAGUCUCCAUUUGGAUAAGAUUCUGCAUUGACUUUUGAAGACCCAAAUUGUGGUGGUUUGAGUUAGUAUGUUAUAAACUCCAAAAAAUAAGCAGAAUUUUGCUUAUGUAUGGCUUCACUGUUACUUCUCUUCUUAAAACUCCAAGUUUUCCACGCUUGCUUCGAAUAAAACCUAAACUCCAUACCUUGGCACACAACGGCUGGCUGCCACUGUGACCUGCCCUGCCUCCUGCCAGCCCUCUCUCUCCUCACUCGCACUCUACUGCAUUCUGUUCCCAUCCUGCUGGCCUCUGUUCAGUUUUUUAAGCCUGCCAAACUUGCUCCCACACUUAGGCCUCUGCCCUGCUUGCCCCCUAAACUUGGGAACCUUGUCUUUGAGAUCUUCUCAUGGCUGGCUCCCUUUUUGUACAGGUCUCACCGCAGAGGUCCUUUCUGGAAAUUUCCUAGCCACCAAUCUUAAAUAGCAACCUCUGCCAGCCCCUCCAUGUUAUGUUCCUUGACCUCUCUGUUUUUCACCAUCAGAUAAUUACUCUGAUAAAGCAUAUCAUAUAUCUUUGGUAUUUUCGGUUUGUGUGAAAACAGUAUUUUCAUGGUUUACUUUUUUAUACACCUCUGUCCUUGUCCCCUUCUUCUCUAAAUGAUACACUGCAAGAGAGCAAGGGCCAUCACUGUCUGUGCACCCAGGCUCUAGAAGAGGGCCUAGCUGAGCUCAUGCUCUGGUUCAGGGAACUCAGUGCUGGGAGCAUGACCCUGACUUACAGAGCAUUGCUUGUAUUGACUGCUCAGGCUUCUCUCCUUUUCAUCUUCUCUACCCCUCUAAUCACUCUUCUUCCCUAAUGGACCGUUUUCAUUUAUUUGCUCUGUGGAUUUCUAGCUUCAUUGUAUUCAGUGUCAUGCAUCAUUUUAUCUCUUUUACUCCCCUGCCCAUCCACCAAUAAGUUUUUCAUCUUUUAGAAUAAGCUGAAUAUUUGUUAAAUACUAAGCAAUAUGGGGGGGAUACCUCCCUCCUUAUAAUAAUAGCAAAACACACACAAAAAAACCCCAACCCCACGUUUUGAAAGUUUUCUUCGGGAUAUCAGCAAGGAUGCUCUUAUUUCUUUUUUCUUCUGACUCUGCAUAAUUGUGGCAGUAGUUUCCUUUAAAGGUUGUAUUUAUUUCCAGAUUAUGGAAGUAAACCAUGUCUCUGGGUGUCAUUGUACUCUCACCCAAUCUGUGCUCCCACAUCUCUCCUAUGUUUGAAGUUUCAGAUCAAAGACUUUGAUUUAAGAGGGUAAUACACUUCUGUGAAAUCUGAAUAGCUCUGCUGUCCAUCAGUGACUCUUGUGAACUCGGGGUUCCACCUUUUCAAGGGGUUUUGAGCAAAUUUUGAGAUUGAUUGAUCUGUGUUAACAAAUCUUACAAGGCACAGAAUUCCAGUGACUCCUCAAACAAAGCAGUGCUGAUUAAUUUACAAAGGCAUAUGGGCUGGCCUCAUAUUAUCUUUUCAGUAUCCAAAGACUUUCUAGAAGCAAAAUUCUGGAAAAGGAGGUGUCUGAUAAGCACAAGUUUGGAGUUAAUGAAAACAGUACUUACACAUGUAAGUAUAAGUGAGAGAGAAUUGGGUUGCACAAAAAGCAAACUAUUUGAGGUCUGACUUUCACCUUGACCUUCAGUAACUACAGACCAGCUCUGGCUUCUUAACCGUAGGCAAGUAAUUACCAAGCAGCUCAGAAAACUCCAGUCUGCCAGUCUCCCUGAAAUGAUGGAGGUACUGUAAGAAAUGCCUCUUAUUCCUCCUCCUAUUCUAGCCUCCAUGCAGAACAUCAUUCUUCUAUCAUGACAACAUGGCUUUGGGAUGGAUGUGUUAAGUAUGGUUAGAUUAUAGGUUAUUUUAUUUUGACUUCAUCAUUAUAUUGAGUCUGUGAGGUUUGCGGAUGGGUCUAUGGUCCCAGAAACCACACAAAUUCAAACUAUGUCUUAGGACAAACUACUCCUAUGAUUUAUUUCUAUUCAAGUGUAUUGAAACUAGCUAACACAAGGCUCUCUGCCAAGAUUAGAGAUGUGAAAUUGGCAAAACCUGCAUCUCAUCCCCAAUGAUCUUAGGCAUUUCAUGAUCUUAGCCAUUUCAUGUAAGUGGGAGAAAUAAUUUUCCACUUCACUGGUGCCCAUUUCUGCCCUUGCGAUCAAAUUCUAAUUCUGCACAGAGGAUGGGGGUCUAGUUAAAAUUUUUAUGCAAUUCUAUUAAAAAUGCUUAAUUUUUAUCUUUAAUAACAUUUUCCAGCAAAUACCACUGCCUUUAUCAAAACGUUUUAUUUUUCAGAAAUUAUAGAAAAAGAAUAAGAGUGGAAAGCUGAUUAAGCAGACUCAGGGAGCUCCAAGCCACAAACAACAUAGCUUUCACCACAAGGCUGGGGGAUUUUACUCCAUAGACCCAGUCCCAUGAAGUUUUUACACAUGUAUUAUCUUGUGCUGACAGAAGACAUGAGGUUUCUGGCUUAGAGAACAGUCUGAUGAUUUACCUACAGAACGUCUUGCAUUGGUUUCCUAUGCCCCAAACCCCUGCAGGUGGUGCCAUGAAAGCUAGAUGGACCUAGCGUAUGCAAGGGGGUGGAGGUUAGUAUCGCAGAAGAGGAACGCUGAAAUUACGAGUGAAUCUCAGAGCUUUCACAGAAUGUCUGGCAGAGUUGCCCAUCUUCCACUCAGAAGGAGAGAGCUAAUCUUUCUAAUAUGAACAAGUUCUCUCUGAGGAGGGCAAGGUCUAUAGAACCAUUGCCCUUGUAGCCUUAACUCUUACGCCAGGGGUGAUAAAUCUGUCAAUCUUUCUCUCCGAGGUAUCCCAAUUUAAUUUCCAUGGUGUGUGUGCCUUUCUUUCAUCCUUUGACCCUGGAUGCUGGCAUGUCUUCUCAGAAAGCUCUGACCAUAAAGAAACAUGACAAUAUUCAUGGAACAAUGUCUCCUGAAACUCCACCGUAUCCACUUGUAAGAUCACCUCUUCUCUCAGUGAGGUGGCAGUAUAUGACAGGACAUGGCAGGGUCAGGAGCCUAAACUGCUUUUCUGUUGAGGUCUGGAAGUAACUAUACUUUCCCUCAGUCCCUGUUUCAAAAUGCUUCAUUUUCUUUUAGUCUUUGGUGAUCAGGGUGAGAGAGCUGCCCCUUUUCUUCUCAUUCUUUUACCUGUCAAUAACUCAUGAAAUUCAGUUUGUGAAGCCCCACUUUUAUAUUGAUUCAGAAAACUAAAAGAAGCAAUAAAAUAUGUUUUUAAAAGGUAAAAAUCAAAGGUGACUUAAUGUUUUUAUCUAGAAAACAUGAGAAACUUUCUCCGGAAGAAAAUAAUGCUCACUUAUAACAGGUAUACCUUCUCUCAUGGUUUACUUUGCAUUCACUGGGAAUUUUAUUGUUUAGGCAGAAAUGUGACUUUUUUAUGUUAAAUGUCUACACUUAUGAGUAAAACACAACAAAACAAUUUCAUCCCAAGUGAACAUUUAGAUAUUAAAGGCUCAUUUUCAAUUGGAAUGGAAUUUCAGCAUCAGAAUUUUAUUUAACUUCUCUUUCAAAGGAAGGUUUUAUCCUGACAGAGAUUAAUGCAUCUGCUAAUGACAGAAGCAUUUGUCAUUUUUAUGAACUUGACAUCCUCUUCUCUCAUCAAUUCUAAACCAGGUCAAAAAGGCACAAACUGUUCUGCAGAAAUGUUUAGGUAGUUAGAAAUGCUGACACUUUAUCAUUGGGUGAAAAUUAAAGACAAGUGUGAAGAAUAUCAGUUUUUAGUUACUAUUAUUUCUGUAAUCAAAAAGUGUAUUUUAGUUUCACAUUCUCUGGGUGACCUUAUUACAUGCAAAUUUCUGGCCUUUAUAAUUUAAUAAUUAUUUUAUUAUUUAUCCAAGUGCUCUACUCAAGCUCAAAUAGAGGGCAAGAUUGAUCUUACAAAUAUAUCUUCAGAAGUUUUAGAUUCCCAUUUGUCCUGAUUAACUCUUGCUACAUAACCAGCUACUCCCAAAAGCUUUAGUGGCUUAAAGAAAACAUUUUUUAUUCAUGAUUUUGUUGGUCAGAGAUACAGGAAGGGCUCAGCGGAUUCCCAUGGUAUCUGCUGGGAUGGCUGGGGCGGGAGGGUCCACGUUCAAGAUGGUGUCUUCACUGACAUGUUUGGAGCUAUGCUGCUCUUGGCUGCCUCUCUCUGCAUGGUGUCCCAUCCUCCAGAGACCUCUUCAUGUGGCUAGGACUUCUUAAAGCAUGGUUGCCCCAGGGUAGUUACCUUCUUAUGAGGCAGUUUGGGGGUCCAAGAAUAAGUGUUCCAAAAGACCAAGGCAGAGUCUCAAAAGCUUCCUAUAACCUAGCUUUAGAAGUCUGUCUUUUUUUUUAUUUAAAUUCAAUCAGCCAACAUACAGUACAUCAGUUUUUGAUGUAGUGUUCAAUGAUGCACUAGUUGUGUAUAACACCCAGUGCUCAUCACAUCCCGUGCCCUUCUUAAAACCCAUCACCCAGUUACCCCAUCUCUCCACCUGCCUCCCCUAGCUUUAGAAGUCUGCCAUAUUCUGUUCGUUCACCAAACAGAUCACUUAGGAGGGGGAAUUGUGCUCUCCCUCUCAAUGGAAAUAAUUAUAACGAACAUGCUUAGACAUUGGCUUCAUCUUCUUCCUCUCCUAAAAACCGGAGAUUAGAGCUAGGGAAAGAAACACUGACUCUCUUUCAAAGCUCAAAAUUUCCAUCUCAGUAUCAGACAAAUUGAAACAAACAAAAUGAUGUACUGAGCCAUAAAGAAAAGGAUCAAGAGUUGAACUUUUUUUUAUUCUCAAGAAGAAGGCAAGUGUGUAUUCACUGAAAGUAAGUUUUAAAAGCACUUCACAGAACACCUUUUAUAAAGUCGCCUGUCAGUCUCUCAGAGACAAAGGAUUUCUAGCAGGCUGCAAAUGCCAUGAUAGGAGGAUGUGUCAAUCAAGAGUUUUGAUUAGACAGAAGUGUUCAGCAUAGGAAACUUAAAGCUCAGAAGAGCACGUUUACUUGGAUUCUUUCUCUCUCCAGCAAUCUUCAAGUGCUCUGAAGAACUUGGCACUUUCACACAGGUAAAUCCACCAUUUUUGUUCACCAGUAAUUCAUAAGAGAACCUAAAAAAUAAAAAGAAAAUCUUUUUUAUAUAAAAGAAUGAUAGGUAUAAUACAUGUUUAAAAUUGUCCUGCAACAGAACAAUAUCACCUAUACUCCAAUAGACAAUCCAUACAUGUUUUUUACAAAUCUAGCAAUUUUUCACCAUGUCAUUGUUUCCUUGUAAACUGUCACCCUCUUCUGUACCCUGUGUUUGGGGUUUUGUUUGUUUUUUAUCUUUCAGAACAGUUUUGAUUUAUACAUAUUUCAAUAUUCAUGGAAACUUUUAACUUUCAAUAAUGGGAUUUUAGAAACUAUUUUCCUUUCUUUUUUCCAUUGUAGUAAAUCGUCUUUUUUUUGUUGUUGUUCGUCAUUGAUGAAUGGCUCCAAAUAGUUGCUGGUUGCUCUGAAAAUGAUAAAUAAAGAACUGUUGCUAAAUCUUUAUUUCUCAGCAUUCUUCCCUUAGGCAGAUGCUGGCUCUCCUGCUCUUCAUAUCAUAUAUUGAUUUAAAGAAGAAAGGCUUCUGAUAAUUUUAGAUAGCUGUGUAUGUUCUCUGACUUUCCCACCACUUUCUCUUAUUAAUUCUAAAGUAUUAAAUAUUUACUCAUGCUAUAAAUAGUUUUAGUGUGCCUACUAUAUUCCCCUCACCAAGGCACUAAUUUCUGGUCAUACAAAGUUGAUGAAAAUAGAGCUGUUGCCCUUAUGGAACUCAUAAUCUAGCAAAAAAGGAAGAAGAGCAAAGAACCAUUGCUAAACCCACAAAAUUCCAUGGUAAAGGAAUGCACUGGAGAUUCAACAGAGUCUGCAAAUUUUCCUUGUGGACAAAAGAGAGCAGGCAGGGAUCAUCUUCUCCAAAAAAGGCCAAAUAAAGACCUUUACUGUCAUACUAAGGACUUUGGAAUUUAUUCUGUAAACAAGGGUUAGAUAAUGACAAGAACAAACAUGCAUUUAGAAUUUUUUUUCAUAACCAAAUGUUAAAGUCUAUGACCUUUAUCUUCAAUUUUGUGAAAAUUUUCAACAUAUUGUUUAUAAAAUUGUCUAUCUAUCCAUGCAUGCAUAUAUGUGUAUAAAGUGCUCUCCCUUCCCCAGACCUUUCCAUCUGAAUGAG